AUGGCAGACAACAUAAUGGAUGUUAGUCAUGGUUUGUAUGACCUGGAACUGUGUGUCUUUUUCAACAAGCCCGGAUGCAUGCGUCUCUGUCGAUCCCACAAGCAUGGUCUGGAAGUCAUUCAACCAUACAAAGCAUUCUCUGUCCCCGACCUUUUCUUUGUCACCGUCACAUCCAGAAAGUACCUGGCCUCCCAAGGCGAUAGAGUGUCUCCAGUCGAGGGUGGAAGCCUUCGUAAGAGAUGGUGGGUUUUGUUCUUCCGAUAUAGAAACCCCGUGCAAGACGGGUUUGGUUUCGUUUCAUCUAGACUGAUUUUAUGA